CGCGUGUAGCGUCCAUAGCACCCCCCCCCAAAGCCCGCCUCCAUGAGCAUGGCAACCAAUGAGCAGGCGGGGUGUAGAGCCCUGCCACCUGUGAUUGGACAAUUUCGUUGCGUUCUGUCUCGGGGGCAGAGCGGCAAGUGCAAGGCGGCUCCAGGAGGAUAAUUGCGGUUUUCUCCCACGCCUCUUGCUGUUACUUAGCCAGACCCUGCCUCCUGCUUCAAACUAUUCACCGCAGUAAUGUGUUCAUUGAAUGAUCUUAAUGCAAACUAUUCAUCUCCUGUAUAGAAUAUAAAGAUCGAUAUGGGUGAUGUUGAAAAGGGCAAGAAAAUCUUUGUACAGAAAUGCUCUCAGUGCCACACAGUUGAAAAAGGUGGAGUGCACAAGACUGGCCCAAAUCUUUGGAGUUUAUUUGGUCGCAAAACAGGACAAGCUGCAGGAUUCUCUUAUUCAGAGUCAAAUAAGAACAAAGGUAUCAUCUGGAAUGAAAAUACAUUGAUGGAGUAUUUGGAGAACCCUAAGAAAUAUAUUCCUGGAACAAAAAUGAUUUUUGCUGGCAUUAAAAAGAGCAGAGAGAGAGCAGAUCUUAUUGCAUACUUGAAAAAAGCAACCUCUUAAAAUGUUACUGCAACAGUUGUAAAGUCAGUGAGAAAAUGUUUUUAAAAUUUUAACACCUCUUGUGU